AUGUCCAAAGGGUCUCUCCUUCUCUGGCUGUUGAUUGAGUUGGGGCAGCUGUAUCUGACACAAGUCUCAUCGGAGGUGGUUGUGACAGCAUUUGUGGGUGAGUCGGUUUUACUGCCCUGCCUAUACCCAUCCUGGUCCGCAAGCAAGAACAGCAUGUGCUGGGGCAAAGGCCAGUGUCCCAAGUCCAAGUGCAAUGAGGAGCUUCUCCACACAGAUGGGACGCACGUGACGGCAAAAAAGUCGAGGAGGUACAGACUUCAAGGGAAUUUACAGGAAGGUGAUGUUUCCUUGACGAUCUCCAACACCGACGAAGGCGACGACGGUGUGUAUUGCUGCCGCAUAGAAGUGCCUGGCUGGUUCAAUGAUGUGAAGAAGAACAUUCGCCUGAAGCUGACGAGAGCCCCACCAACCACACAAGCUACAACCCUUCCACCACCAACAACUGCUCAUGUAAUUACCACCACCCGGAUGGUAACUUCUGCGACUGCACAGCCAACAACAGUCGUAACGACACCAGAUCUCACAACUGUAACAUCACUUCAGAGCAGAACCUCCAGUGUGCUUACAACAACCGUAACCACGUGCACUCAGACACCACUGAACCCACUUUCAGAGGUAGCCACUGAUCUUCUGAGAACAGAAACUUUCCUUCUCUCUAGUGGCUCCCAGAAAAGUGCUGAGAGAACUUCUGAAAACCCCGCCUCCCUCACAUCCAAAGAUUCCAAAGUUUGGAUUCUUCAGUCAACACCCCAGACAUCAAGGUGGAAAACGAGUCAGUCAGUGACUUCUCAGCUCAGAGGGCUACAGAUGACAAUGUCUGACCUGCUGAUAAUCAUCAUUCCCUGCAUUGGAUUCGUGGCAUUGGUGUUGCUUCUAGGGUUUCUCCUGCGAGGGAAAGUCAUGAGAACCACCUGUUUGCAGAAACACACAAGACUGGCCAACACUGGAGAAAGUAAAAAUGUCCUCAGCGACAUACAACUUGGAAGGGAGGACGAAGAUGGCAUGUUCACACUCUAGCACGUGACUUUUCUUAGGAUUAGGGUGGGCGUGGUGAUAUGAGAUGUCACAAUAAAUAUCAGGAUGUGA